AUGAAAGUCUCAACGGCUCGCCAUGCUUCUCGGAGGGCCUUUGCGGUCCUUUCUGGCAGGACGAUCCCAGCGUCGUCUGUUCUGCGACCAGCUAGAGCCGCGGCUACAUCGGCUUCUCACGUUAGCUCCUUAGCGUCUGUCCCGUGUUUUACCGUUGGCGGUUCCUCGUCUUCUUCGAACAGAACCGCGUUCGGAAGUCAAAGGGUAUUUCAAAAUUCUCUGGGUAUAUUUUUGAACGCCGGUUUUUCCACGUCACUUUUGAUGAACGCCUGUUUAUUUCCAUUUGUUGUAGCUUAGUCUAGUCAUCUUCAAUUUCUCAAAUGAAGUUGAAGACUAUAAUACCUCAACACUGUUCAUUUAUUCUCGACCUGCAGUUGUUUCAUCCAACAUGGAACAAAAUUUACAUCCCAUUUCAACAGCGUACGAUCUACGUCAUCGCCGAAGAAACUCCAAACCCAGAAUCCCUGAUGUUCUACCCCCAAGACCACGACGUCCUCGGCACUGCGGCUAAAACGAAAACCUUCACCGACAAGGCCUCAGCCCAAGGCACCUCUCUCCUUGCCACUGCCUUAUUCAAAGUACACGGCGUUGCCAGUGUCAUGCUUGGAGCCAGACAUGUCACGGUAACAAAGCAAACCGAUAUCGACUGGACCCUAGUGCAGCCCAAUAUUGAACUGGUGAUGAGCCAGUUCUUCGCGGCUGGACUGGAGCCUAUGCAGAAAGACUUAAUAGAAAGGUUUGGCGAUGGGGAGAGAAGAAUGCGCGAUGCGAGAGCUGAUGGGAUCGAGGAGUCGGAGGUACAUUUAUUUAUAUAACUUUUAUGUAAGUACAUAUUUAUGCACUGGAGGAGCUUGCGGGGGAAGUGAUUAUACUAACUGGUGAGUUAACUUAGGUGAGAGAAAAGAUACGCUCUCUGGAAGGUUCCUGGACGACAGUCGACAAAAAAUGUCGGCUGAGGGACCAACUAGGGAGAGGGUUGGGGGCAACGGGCCCCGCGAACCCCGUCGUGUGCGGUGCAAAAAAUGCACUCACGCGCGACGCCGCCGGUCGAUGCAAUGGCGCAUCUCGGCGAAGGCGAACCACGGUUCGCGCCUCCGCGGAGGCUCGGGUGCGGUCGGGUGAGAGCGUUAAUGCUACACCCACGGGGCGGAGUUCACAUGCAGAGCGGAGCAGAGCGGAGCGGAGCGGAGCGGGCUGCCGGCGCACGGGCCAAAGCGCUCGUGCGUAGGCCGCGGGAGGGCCAACGCGCCCUCCGGCGGUGCGGUGGGCAGGCGCGUGGCGCCCAGUGGGGGGUGCUGGGGAGCUCGUAAAAAUCGAGUUCCGCCGCGCGCGCGGCGCGCCAUCCCCUCGCGGGGCAAAAAUCGCCGCGAGGGUUUGGCGCUUGUGGCAGCACAUUUUCGUAACCUCAAGCUGAAAGCUAGCUUGGGCAGGUCAAAAAACUUUUCUUUUUCCCAAAAAUCCAGGGACUUUCUGUGCGCGUAUAAUCGCAAUCUAGAAACUAGUGACUAGUAGUGCCCCCGCACUCUGGUUUUCAGCAAAACAAAAAACAAAAUGACCUCCCUGAAAAGCGUCGGAGACCUCGUCAUCCACACAGGCAAAAAUCCUGUGGGGAGCGAGGACGUCGACGAGAAGGGCAAAGCCCUUCUGAAACUGAUCGACGGAUCACUGUUUCACCCCUCCAUGGCGGAGGCCAUGGAGGCGCUGCAAAAGCAGCUGGAGGAGAAGACGCAGUAUGAGGAUAAACUCAUCUUCUGCGCAAACAUCCAGGACUGGAUUGCAGCACUCCGACAGAUGGUCGGUGAACUUCCGGAAACGGAAUUCAUCGACACGGUCAAAAAAGACCUGGAGGACCCGCGCUUCGUGGGGGAAGGUGGAACCCUAACCGAACAGGGCACCACCUUGAUGUGGUUCCACUUGUGGUUGGGCGCAUACCACGAGGAACUAACGGCCGAACCCUGGGCCUCGAAGUCUCUGAUUAAAAAAGAGACUUUUGAAGCCGGCGCGAAGCUCGCCGAAAAACGAAAGUUUCGGGAGGAAAACCCGCAGCUGAACCUGGCGGAAGUCCCGGCGCAGACCGCCAAAAAGGAGGUGAUAGUCCGCUACCUGAUCGAGCGCACCAACAAAGAGGUGCUCAACGACUGGGACGCGAAGCCGGCCAAGACGCCGUGGACGUCGGUCCGCAAGGCGCACGAGGAGGAGGACCGAAAGCUCCUCGAAGAAGAGGAGAAGCAGCGCAAGGCGGAGCUCGAAGCCAAAAAGAAAGAGGAGGAGGACUCCGUGGACUUCGCCGACAAAAGCGAAGAGUCCUCCGAGGAGCCGCCGGAGACGGCAGCUCUGUUCAAAACGUUCGCGAAGAAGACCGCAAAGGCCAUCGCAACGGCUUUGAACAGCAGCGGAGAGGACAAAAUCCUCUCCUAUGACGACACGCGCCCGGCUAGCGAAGGAGAAAAAUUCUUCGUCUACCGACGCGUAAACGGCGUCGAGAAGAAAACAGAGGUGAAAGUCGUCUGGCCUUCCGUCUUAACUCCGGGCGAGGAAGUCGCAGACGCACAGGAGCAGUAUAAAAACUGCUUCUUCACGAACGGAGAAAAAGCCUCUAAGCAGGCGAACCACGUGCUCACCGCGUUAUUAAAACACGUGGAAAAGCACGGCCUCCGCUCCGUUUUCGACGUGGACGAAAACAGCGUCCUGAACACGACGGCAGGCCAACGCCUCAACCAAAAGGCGCUGGCGCUGCUCUUCGGAGCAUACGCGGCCGCAGGCAUCUGGGGCGAAGCCCAGGUGGGAAAAAACCAACCCAAGGUCUCAAACUGCGCCAUCGCAGGCUUUAACGGAGACAACCUGCAGCGCACAAACAGCGCGUUCCAGAACCUGGUCCGGAAACAGGUCGUCGCCAGCGUCCCGGCUGACUACUGGGACAGAUGCAACCUGGACCAGUGCUGGGAGACGCUGCGCCGCGUGGAAAGCGCCAUCAACGGCGCCACCGACCUGCAGCCCUUCGACUUCAUGACCGAGUUCAACGAGAACUUCCCAGAAAUCGCCAUCAAAAAAAUGAUGGUGUUCUUGGGAUUCAUGAAGGAAGGCUCCCGCAGCCUCGACGCGCUCCAGCAGAAGAUGAAGCGCUGGGAGACCGGGCUGGUGAACAGAUACAUGUUCAACCUGCUGGCCUGGUACAACCACUUCGGUCUCCACCUCAUCGACGAGGCGCGCUACACGGACGAGGAAGACGGGGGAAAAAUCAAACCGCCCGUCCAAAAAGCGUUCUUCAAGGAGAACAUGGAGGAAAUCAAAAAUGAAAUGUUCUCCAUGCGAGACGCCGAGGCGAGCUUAGGCAAGCCGAGAAGCGAACGUGUGACAGUCACACUGCGCUCUCGUAGCCACAGCCGCCGCCGCAGCGAAUCGCGAGAGCGAUCGGCGAGCGAAGGCCCGCAAAACCCGUUCGGCAGCGACGCCGACAGCGGCGGGGACGACGACACGGGCACAACCAUGCCGAGCGACACUUGGUUGGAGAGUUUGGAUCUGGAAAAAACAGAUUUCAACCCGGCCAUGGACCCAGUCCACAACCGCCGCCUCGACAAACGUGUCGACGUGGUGCUAGCCGAGCGCCGAAACGCGAAGGGAGGAACACGCACCACAUACUACGUGUACUUCCCUCAAACCGGCUUAGUGGAGCCGUCCGCAUUGAAGUCCCUGAAAAAUAUGGGACUCAUGCUUCCGCCGGCGGUAUGCCACUGGUUCCACGCGCACAAAGCGCAUGCGGUGCAGUCAGGCUGUCGCAACGACGCUCAACACCUGGAAUGCACACACCACCACCUCAUCGACCGCAACCGUCCUCCCCCAGACAUCACUAUCGCCAAGAGAACGUGGGCAGAAGUGAUCCGCUCGCAAAAAGAGCUGGCCGAAGUCCUCUUCUCGGCCCGGUUGGCAGGGCGAAACAUCAACCAGCAGCCAACCGGCACAGCGGCAAAACGAGCGGCAGCGAAGGACAAGGAAGCAAUCCGCCACCCGAAAGACUUCGUAAAACCGAAAGUCCAGCCGAUGAAGGCGAUGAAGGCCAAAAACGGCCGAACACGCCGCCAACCGAAAGGACCCCAGCGAAGCGACGCAAACGCGGUUCCGCUGGGACAACGGCAUCGCAACGACAGUCGCGAAAAAGACAAUCGUGGCCGCAACAAAUCGAAGCGAUCGAACGAGCGCAAAAACAGCCGCUCACGCGAUCGACGCCGAUAAAUCGAGAGUGAUGGAGGGAAAAAUCCUCCUGGGGAGAGACGUGAAGGAGCACGUUGGGAGCAAACGCUCCCUCGCGGUGUGGUGGAAGGAGCCACGCACAAGCUAGAACGCGACUAGCUGGAAGAAAAAGGCUACCGGCCUCGAGGACAACAAAUCCUCGAAAAACAGAAUGCAAAAGCAUUCGCCAUAAGCCCUCUGGUCAAAUUACCAGGGGCACCGGACCAUUAUUAAGUUAGUGGCGGAACAAUAAAUUCGUCCUUUUUGACAGAGUAAAAAACACUCUAGUUGAGAGGGAGGAAACAAAUCAAACCACCAGUGACGACUGGUGGCCGAAAGGGAAAACGCGGCGGCGGCGGCGCAGUGUUCGAGGGAGUGACGUGUUACAUCUCGUCAAGCUAAAAAGAGGGAAAACAGAGUGGGAAGGAGUUACGAGUAAGUAAAGAAGCUAGGCUGGGGAGACCACUUCAUGAGAUACGGCAGGAGGCCAAGAUCCAUGGUGGAGGUUCGCCUAAGCAGCCGCACGAACCAGCCUAGACAAAAAAGUAAGUAAGGACGAGAGAACAAACUAACUAAAUAAAAACUAAAAAGAACGUUAGAGGGAACAACAGCGAGAGAUAAAUAAAAAAGUAACAUUAAAUAAAUGUCGAAGCGGGCGGACGCACUGCGCAAAGCUGUCGAUCUAAACGACGACGAGCUGCGCGCCAUGGGAGAAGCCGACUCCACGACUAGAAACAAAAAGUCGCGAGUCGCCUUCUUCCUCGACUGGCUAGCGGCCAAGGGUGAAAAGCUACCCGUGAGGCCGGAGGCGGUGCAAAGAUUCGCCGCCUUCCUAGUGUUCAAUGAAUACACCUCAGUCGCGCAGUACACAUCCAGCAUCAUCAUGUGGCUGGUAGAACCGCCACCCGCGGAUGGCCCGCAGCGGCUAGUCGAAAGCCCCGCCAUUCUCCGAAACAUCGGGGACGUGGAAAAGGCAAUUGAACGAACAAUCCAAGACCACAACCCGAGGAAAGCAAAGCCUUUCCUACCGGGUACGAAGCUCGAGGCGCUAAAGGCAAAAGACCAAAAAAUGGUCCUCCUUUGGGCGCUAUCGGGAUUGCGGGGCGACAGCAUCGCGGCGGUGGACGACACGGACAUCUCCAAAAAAGGAGACGUGUGGCGCAUCCACAUAUCCGAAGACAAAAUCCGCAAACAACGCGGUAGGAUAAUAGAAAUCCACUGCAAUUGCGACACCAACGCAAAAACAGCUGGUGCACGAAGUCGCUUUUGCCCGAUGCACGGCGAAGGCGCUGUUAUGAGAUCUGAUUUCCCAUUAGGCAAGGCCAGGAUAAGUAGCUUGGCGAAGGGAAUUAGCGGCACGCUGCACAGCUGCAGGAGAGGACUCGCAUUGGCAACGCGACGCGAGUGGGAGCAAGGGAAAAUCUCCGUGAAGGAGGAUGAAUUCCUCACCCACAUGGGCUGGGAACAGUCCAGCAAAAUGUGGGACGAGUACACAGCCGACCACAAAACGUGGGAGGCUUCGGAAUUCAUCCCGCUGCACGGAUUGCGCAGGCGGUGGCCCUCGGGGGGGGGUCCACCCCCGCGCGUCUUCGUGCAGCCCAAGGCGGUCCAAGAGGACACCUUGGUCAAGCGGACGAUCAAGAUCACCCCCAAGCAGAAGCUACAGAAGAAAGGGCGGAUUCAACAGAAUACCGUUACCAAAAAGGUGACGGCCCUAGCGCCAAAGAGCGCCAGUAGCAGCGGCUCAGGGGCACUCAAAGCAGUACCGGGUACAAAAAACGUACGCACCUGGCGGUUCUGAACCUCCAGUCGUCGGGAAAAGGAUGGAAGGCGCACCAAGGAGGCGUCGAGAAAGGAUGGCCCAAAGGGCUGGAGGUUCAAAGUGACCUUGUCCCCCAGCGGGGGGACAACGCCUGCUACUGCCGAGGGAUUAGCCGCGCACCCGGGCCAAAGCGCCCCGGACCAAAGCGUCCGACGCGAAGAGCGAGCACCCGAAACCUCGCGGGUGCCGGUUGAUUGACUCGUAGGGCGACGGUGCACGAACACCGGCCGAGCCGCGAGAGGGGUUACGACACCCGGACGUUGGUGUGCAACUCUCUCUGGGGAGGUAAAGGCCUCCCGCCACGCUCCGUGGCAAAUUUAUGGGCCGUAGGUGCAACGACCGGCGCCGGCAAAGACCUGGGUCUGCCGAGCCAGCCUACCGUGCUGCCACAGCACUAAAAAGUAUAACUCACCAGUAGAUUUAGGAUCCCCGGGGGUUAAGUCUCCAGUUUGUAUAUAUAUAACUUUUAUUGUUCGGGUACAAAAUAUAGGAACAAGAAUUUGGGGAUGUAGGUAAAAGGCUAAGAUUUUUGUUCACCUUUACAAGAAUGACAAUACAAAAUAUAUCAACAUCAGAUGGAUAGAAGUAUCAUUCAAUCAUCACCUAAAUUUGAUUACUCACACUCAACUACAGUCCACCGGCGCCGCCUCCCCCGAAGAAUUCGAAAGAGAGCUCCUGGAGCUCUUAGAGGAGCGCGUCCAGCCCUUUGUCCAGCAGGAUGGUGGAGAUGUAGAGUAUGUGAAGACUGAAGAUAACGUCGUCUACCUCAAGAUGAUGGGCGCUUGUAGCGGUUGUCCAAAGAGUGGGAUUACACUCAAUAUCCAAAUCAAGGAACUUGUCCAGCACUACUUUCCACAUAUCGUGGAUGUAAGGGAGUGGGUAGAUCCGAAUGAAGAUGUGAUACCUAGGGGGCAUUGAGCAGAAUGAAACCUGGAUUCAGGUUUGAGCAGAUAGUGUCAGGGACUCGAAUUUUUAUUUUUUGGCUGGUUUGAUAGACGAUUUAACCUCUUGCCCUUGAGGAACGAACGGUAAGACAUUUUACUGACGUCUCCGUAGAUAAAAAUUUCCCAAGACCCAAACUCAAUCUUAUCACAGACUUCUGUAGAGCGGUCUGUUUUUGCGGAAAGUUGUUAUGAAAGGGCGAGCCGUGACGCAAGAAGAGGUCAGAGUAGCGUUUCCAACUACCGGAGCCGUGACGCAAGAAGAAGUUAUAGUACCGUUUCCAACUGAGAUGAUCAUGAUAUUUACAAAAUCGUAUAAUUGCAGAGAGAGAGCGGGGAAGAGUGCAACAAGCUGAAUAUAAUAUGGCAUCGGUUGUAUUAUCAAACACAGACGGAAUAAAACUACGAUGAAUUUAUAGAGGCUAAACUCGACAGAAAAAAUCGCUAUCAUUUUCUGUCAUAACAGAAGAAGAGGGAGUUAAAAAAACAAAGACAAACCAAAGCGUUCGCAACAUUAG